AUGGUUGUAAAUAAAAAAACUUCAAAAGAAGUUAAUAUUUACGAUAAUGUAGUAUUUGAAGAUAUUGGAGAAUUUGCAAGUAAAAAAAAAAAACAAGAUAGAUUUAAACAUAUUAAUGCAAGAAAUCCAUUAGUAAAAACUUGGAAACCAUUAUGGUUAAUAAGAUUAGGUUCAAGUACUGGUUUAAUUAUUACAUUGUCAGCAAGUGGAGGAUUAAUUUUUGGUUAUAAUACUGGUAUUAUUGGUCCUGCAUUAGGUCAUAUUAAUAAUGAAUACCAUUUGAAUACUAUUUUACAAGGUUUAAUAGUUUGUUCAACUUUAUUAGGUGCAUUAAUUGGUUCAGUUUCUGGUGGUUUUUUAGCAGAUUGGAUUGGUAGAAAAACAGUUGUUUUAUUAACAGCAAUUGUAACAAUUGGUGGUGCAAUUUCAUCAAGUGCAACUAAUCCAUUAAGUUUAGUUGCAUCAUUAAGAAUUAUUUUAGGUCUUGGAGUUGGUAUGUCAUCAGGAGUGUGCCCAUUGAUGGUAGCAGAAGUAGUACCAGUUGAAAAGAGGGGUGUAUAUGGUUCAGUUUUUCAAUUAUUUAUUACACUUGGAUUGUUAUGGUCAAAUGUUAUGGGUUUAUUAUUAAUUGAAUCUGGUAUACAUAAUUGGAGAUGGAUGUUUGCAAUUGGUAGUUUACCAGGAUUUUUUAUGUUAUUAUGUUGGACAGUUUUAAAUGAGUCACCAGUUUGGGUUGAAAAUCAAAGAUUAAAAAAAGAAAGAAAAUUACAAGAGUCGGCAAUUUCAAAUUCUAAACCAAAAAAGAGUUCAUUUAGAAUUUUAAUGGAAAAAAAGAAUAGAAGACCAUUGUUUAUUGGUGUGAUUUUAGCAACUUUCCAACAAUUGACUGGUAUCAAUGCUUUUAUGUAUUUUUCAAAUUUAAUUUUCUUUAAAGCUGGAUUUACUGGUGAAUAUGGUGCUAUUACUUGUUCUUGUAUUUUACAAUUAUGGAAUGUAUCAUUUACAAUUAUUGCUGCAUGCACAGUGGAUCGAUUGGGUAGAAGACCAUUGCUUUUCAUUGGUUCAAUUGUUAUGACAUGUGCUGAUUUAUUGAUUGCAUUGUUUUAUGUUGCUUUGACUGGUAAGGUUCAAGGUUGGUUAUCAAUUAUUUGUUUAUUUAUUUUCGUUGCAGCAUUCGCUAUGUCCAUUGGUACAUUAUUUUGGUUUAUUGUAAAUGAAAUCUUUGAUCCAGAGGCAAAAGAUAUCGGUGCACCAAUUUUAAUUGGUUUACAAUGGUUAUUCAAUAUGUUACUUUCUUUAACAUUUGUGGGUGCAGUUCCAUAUAUUGGUGAUAGUACAAUGUUUUGGAUUUUUGGUGGUAUUGGUAUAACUUGUGUUGUUUUAUUGGCAAUUUUCUUACCACCUGAAAAAAUUCAACAAAGUGAAUUAGAAUCUGACGUUUUACCAGAUUCUUUUAAACAAGCAGCUACAGUUUAUAAUGAUGAAGUUGAAUUAUCACCAUCUGAAAAAAAGAAUAAUUUUUAUAUUCCAAAUGAAGAUGCCGAAGAAAUUUUAGAAAAUUUAUCUGAACUUCCAAGUGAAAAUAUGGAAAUUCCUAGAAAUAUAGAAAAUUAA